GCGAGGAGGACGAGAACAGCUCGUUCCUGGACGUCGUGGAGUCGAACAACAAUGCCGCUGCCGCCGCCGCCGCCGCCGCCGCCGCUGCCGCCGCAGCAGCCGCGGCCAUGUCGCACUACGGCAGCGGUGGGAGAGGCAGUGGGGGCGACGGCGGCGGCGGUAGCGGGGGGCAGACGCCCACGGGUCCGGCCACGGGCGGCACGGUGGCCGGCGGCGAUGAGCCCCAAAUGCAGAUGAGCUCGCUGGCCCACUCGCAGUCCUUCAUGAGCUCCUUCUACAACAAUGCCAACGCCCGUGUGGGCGGCGGAGUGGGCGGUGUGGGCGGUGUGGGCGGUGUGGGCGGCGUGGGCGGCGGCUCCUCAUCGGCCAGCAUGCUCGUGGAGGCGGCCCUCAACUCCGUUGGCAAUAUGAUUGACAACGAGAGCAGCGACCUCAAGGUUCCCACCGAUAACCACAUAAACAGCGACAGUCCAAUGAGUGCCCACGUGGAUCCCGAGUCGCAGCGUUUCGGAGCGGGCAGUGCGGGCGGAUCGACUGGCGGAGGAGGAGGCGGUGGCGGUGGCGGAGGAGGUGGUGGCGGCGGCGGAGGCGGUGGAAGCAGCGGCGGAUCUUCGGGCGGGGCCAACGGAACGGGCAUCGGCGGAGCCAUGGACAACCUGGAGAACGAACUGAAGAUGAUGAAGAACCUGGGCAGCUUCCCGAUGCAGAUUCCGCCGCUGCCGAUGUUCCAAGGCGCCUGCAAUAUAUCGCCCAGCGCCUCGACGCCGACGAAUCCGCAGAGCAAUCAGAACCAGAACGAUGUGGACGUGGAUGCGGGCAGUACGCCGCGUCCCCAGCAUCCGGACUCCGAUGGCUUCUCCUCGUCGCACCAUCGCACACCGCCCUCGCCGCCGCCCAUUUCGCCGGGACGCGAUUACGGCGGAAUGUUCGGCGCCGGCAACGGUGGUGGCGGUCCCGGAUCGAAUAGCACGCCGGCGGGCAGCUCCAGCGGCGGUGGAGGCGGUGCUGCCGGAGGUGGCGGGGCCAACAGCAUGUCCGCCUCGUCGCCACUGCCCGCCUUGCAGCCGCAGAGGAGGAACGCCUCCAGCGUGGGCAGCACCUAUCCGGAGCACGAGCUCAUCUCGCCCGCCUCCUCGCCGAGCAUCCCGCGCUACAACUUCAACGGCGACAUGAUGCGCCACAAGCGGGCGGUCCAGGAGCAGGAGCACCAGGAGCGCCAGCGGCAGAACAUCUCGCGCCACAACCAGAUGUCCAGCGACGAGGAGAACAGCAUCAUGCCCCAGAACAGCGCCGGCCAGGACAUGCGAAUGAAGUUCCCACAGUCGCAGAUCGACCUGAUGUACUCCAAGUACGAGAGCAUGGCCAGCAAUCUGAAGUACAACAGCCAGGAGUUGGACUCGCCGGCGGAGUACCGACAGGCGGGCGGCAGCGGCGGUGGCGGUGGCGGUGGCGGCGGUAACGGCAUCAAUUCGGCGGCAGUCAGCGCGGCAGCGGCAGCAGCAGCGGCGGCCAGCGACCUAUCCGACCUGCAGGGCCUGGACAUGAGCUCCAGGUCGAAUGCGGCCAGUAGCAACUAUCAUCACAACUUCCAGCUGCCGAGCAGUCGCUAUCACCACCACAUCUACGACAUUCUCUCCGAUCGGGAGCAGCAAAACCAGCAGGCCGGUGGCUCUGUGGUCGGUGGUGGUGGUGGUGGUGGUGGCGGCGCGGCAUCGGUGGUGCACCAGCAGGAGCACGGACACCAGCACCAUGCCAUGCAGCAGCACCAGCAGUCGGCGGCCGCCAUGCACAGCAUGCUGAGCGAGCAGCUGGGCGAGCAGGAGCAUGAUCAGACCACCUCGGUGGACCUCAGCCGCACUGCCAACUAUGUGGUCUCGUCGCCGCCGCAGCUGCCGUACAACCAUCCCACCCACCACGACAUGCUGCGCAUGGCCUCGCUGGACCUCACCGGCCCCAAUACGGCCAACAUGGCAGCCGUUGGCAACAACCGCUCGUUCCUCUCCACGCAGAUGCAGCACCAGAGCCGCGAGAGUCUGGAGCAUCAUCGCCUGCUGUCGACGGUGGAGCAGCAUCGCAUUUUGGCCGCCUCGAAUGCGGCGGCCGAUCAGCAUCGCCUUCUGGUCGAUCCCACGGCCCAUCUGCUGAUGGAGCAAAACAAUCGGCUGCUGGGCACGGCCGAUCAGUCGCGACUCCUUGGCGAAUCGGCGGCGGCGGUGGCCCAAAAUCGACACAUGGCCCGCAGUUUCGGGGCCUACCAUCAGGUGGCCUCCAGCAAUUAUCAUCCGGGCGUGAGGCCACCGCCCGUCCUGCCCUCGGCCAAUCACCACGCCUCCAAUCCGUCGAACUACCAUCCCUUCCCCGCCUACUACUAAUUGGUGGAGGCCUUGAGGAGGGCGGAGUUAUCCGGGAUAAAGUGCACUUUGUGGGAUUCGAAUAGGGGCAAUCGAGUAGUUUAAUUUAAGGUUACGUCUCCUCGGAACCCCCCAAAAUUCAGUUCAAUUCCCCUUGAUACUAUGUGACAAAAAAAAAAUGGUAUUAGGGGAAGCAAGUUUUAGGACAUAAACCUUAAGAAAAAACCUCAUUUUUAGUUAAUGCAUUUCCCCAAUGACUUCCACUUGAUGCUGUGUAAAAAAAUAUUAAAAGCUAAUUUAUUGAAUUCACGUUAAUAAGGAAUUUUUUUUAUAGGAUUUUGACUUGAUAGUGUGCCAAUUUAAAGAUUUCAAUUAAUAAAGAAUUGUUUUCAUACUUUCUUUGGAAGAAUGUCGAGCUCGUACUAUGUACAAAAAGGAUAAUAGGGAUCGGUAAAGCUAAUUUAAAGAUAUCAAUUUAAAGAAGAAUUUUCUUCGAAGCAAAUUAUGAGAAGAGUGUUUUUAAACGCCUUAUUCCAAGAAUGCAUUUUCCAAACAAUUUCCUUUUGAUACUAAGUAAUAUAUAAAAGCAAAAAUGAAUUCGCUAAAUCACUGCACAACUAAACAUUUUAAAAACUGAAACUCACAUUUUAAUAUAUUUCUUGAUUUAAAUAAUUUGAGAA